ACCCAAAGAGGUACAAUGUAAACAGGACGUGGCAUGGAAAAUGCACAGCUGGCGAGUGAAGUGAAGCCGAGGAACUAAAAGAGCUGUGGCUGAUGAGAGAAAUGGCUGCAGCUGUGGUGGACUGACGGAGGAGAAAUGACUGAAGGCACAGAUCAAAACACCAGAAGCAGCGCUAAACAUAAAGCACAACCAAAAGGGGAAUAAACCAGACAAUAAAACACAAAAUAAAAGAUCGUGUUUGCCUAAUAGAAACACUAAAUCAGUUUCUCACAGAAUAACACUGGUUUGCGUCUGAGGCAUGUUUUCAACUCGGUUCAUAAAUUCACUAAAAGGGAAAACAAUGACUCAUGAGCGUUUCUCUGAUUUCCUGCUGACCCUCCCUGGACACGCACCUUCCAUGGGGAGAGAGGAAGAGGAGGGAGUCGUGCUGCAGAGACUCACCUCGCAGCUGGGAGCAGAGAGGACGCGCGUGUCGCUGCUGGUCAGACUGGGGACGCAAAGCCCAGCCCAGCUUCUCUCCUAAACGCACACAUGAAGGCAGGUCGGCUCCAUCGCUGAGGAGGUGUGGGGGUAAUCUGGCACGCAGUCAGCGUGGCUUCCCGCGGCGGUAUGGACGGGCUGCAGCCGGAACCCGCCGGAGGAGUUGGUGAGGUCGCGGGAAACGCGGAGGAGAAGUACCGCGCGCUCGCCUAUGACACUGCCCUCAGCACCCUGGUGGCGGUGGCCCUGUACGUGGUGCUGAAAGUCAGCCUGGACGGGUUCAGGCAGUGGAGAGCCCGGAUCUCGGUGCUCGUCGUGGGUUCGGGUCCCGUGGGGCUGACGGCGGCGCUGGUCGCUGUCCGCUCCGGGAAGGUGCUGAAACUGACCGUGCUGGACCAGAGGUACCGGACCGCCCUGCUCUGCCGACCCCAGCAGAUCGCCCUGGAUCCCCGCAGCGUCAGCUUCCUCCUGGGACUCGGGGUGGACUUUGACAACAUGGAGGGCUGCUGGCACAACGAGCAUUUCUUCACCAGGAUCGGCGUGUUUCAGGAGUACCUGCUGAGCAUCCUGGAGCAGAAGAAGCAGAAGGUGGAAGUCAAAGUGCAGCUGGGGACCAAGUUUACAGAGGAAUAUCUGCAGCGGAUUCCACACAAAGAAUGGCCACGUGUAAUUGUGGUGGCUGAUGGUUCGUGUGGCGACUCCUGCUCCGUGUUGGGGAUCAGCCCUGACUACAUCGUGGAGUCCUGCCACGCCUAUGGAGCUAACGCUAGUAUAGAGAGAUUAGACCAGAGACAGGUGCCCACGCCUGAGAUCCGUGCACACAGCCUGUACUUUGACCUGUCUGCAUACGGAGUGGAGGCCCUCAGAGAGCACAGAAACACAGCAGCCAAGUCCGGUUUCCACCUGAAGAUCUACGGAACCUUCAGGAACCGCUACAUGGCCCUCGUUUGCCCCGCCUCUGACACCAAGAUGGUUCGCUACCUCAGACACACUGCAAACUCCUCUAUAAUGAAGAAUAUUUUUCACGAGUCCUUCAACGCCUAUAAGACAGACAUAGAACCUCGUCUGAACGAUGUGACGCUGCACCACAUGCAGUGCAGCCGGCGUCUCUUUGAGAUCCAGCUGUCCCACAGACGCAUCAGUGCUGCCUACAUAGAGGGCGACAACGUCGCCGUCAUUGUGGAGGGCGAGGCUGCACGAGUCCUCAACUUUGACACAGGUUUUGGGAUUAAUCUGGGCAUGCGAGGCCUUGAGUCGGUGGGGACUUUCAUUUACCGCACGGCCACGGCUGUGGACCAGAACGAUGUUUUAGAGGCUCUGUCAGCUAAGAUGCAGCACUCCAAACAGGUGGCAGAGGUGUUCAAGCAGACAGGUCUGACUGAGUCCAUGUAUGAGUGAAACGAUGGGCCAACUCGGUGAAAGCUUAGUGCCAUCUAGUGGGAAAAUAGUUGAUUGUUCAGAGUAGUGAUGCAAAACACACAGCUGUGGCUUCAUAUGAUACAAUGGACCAGCUGAAAGAUUGGGAACAGAUGGGUCAUUCUGUAAACCUGAGUCUCAUUCUGUCAAUAAAGAGAACCUACACAUGUGUGGAGUAUGGAGAGUAACAAGAGUUACAUUUGUAUUUGGAGUCUCUCAUUUAAAGAAAAUAAAAGACAAUCACAUCACACCUUAAAGCUGCAAUAAAACAGUGUAAAUUACUCACCACAGAAACUAUAACUAUAUAACUGGAAACUAUUUUCCUCUUUUUUCAUUCCUCUUUUAAGUGAGGCAGCAGCUGUUCCAAAGUGUUUUCAGUAAUUCGUGUGUGUGUGUGUGUGUGUGUGUGUGUGUGUGUGUGUGUGUGUGUG